CGAGUGAUAGAGGGAGCGAGCAAAAGAGAAGUACUGACUGCAUACCAGGGAGGCAAAGGACCGGCAGCAUCUUCUGAGAGGGAUAAAAAAGGGGGCCUAAAGUAUACAUCUGCUGCAGUGAGGAUAACGCAUUGUGACAGGAUGACGUUGGCAGCGUACAGAGAGAAGAUUAAGGAACUACCCCUGGUGUCCCUACUGUGUUCCUGCCUGAACUCGCAAGUGUCGGACAAGACUAUCUACAAGGCAGAGGAUGCGGUGGACCUGAACUGGUGCGUGAUCAAAGACGUGGAGGUGAUUGAGCUGAACAAGCGCACGUCUGGCCAGGCCUUCGAGGUGAUCCUGAAGCCCCCCUCCUUCGACGGCGGCGUGCCCGAGUUCAACUCCUCCAUGCCCCAGCGCAAGGACCCCUCCCUGCAGGAGAUCCAGAAGAAGCUGGAGGCAGCCGAGGAGCGGAGGAAGUGCCAAGAGGCGGAGCUGCUGAAGCACCUUGCGGAGAAGCGGGAGCACGAGCGUGAGGUCAUCCAGAAGGCCUUCGAGGAGAACAACAACUUCAUCAAGAUGGCCAAAGAGAGACUGGAGCAGAAGAUGGAGACCAACAAGGAGAACCGCGAGGCCCUGCUGGCCGCCAUGCUGGAGAGGCUGCAGGAGAAGGACAAGCAUGCAGAGGAAGUGCGUAAGAACAAGGAACUGAAAGAAGAGGCCUGCCGGUAGACAACAUAAACAACAAACAACCACAACAACAACAAAAGACUGCUGUUUCUAGUCAAGGAAGAGGAGAACACAAAGAGACAAAAUGGAGGAGAGGACAGAAGAAGAACAACAACAACAACAACCAACAUCAUGAAAAAAAACAACAAAACUGAACAAGACUCUUAAUGGUAACAUCUCAAAGGUGGGGGAGAAAGGGGAAAGACGAAGAGAGUCGGUCAAUAUCCAGCUUUCAUAAACUGUGGCAGCCACAACCUUGUCUAUAGAAACAGCAAACCCAAACUCCCAAAAAAAAGUGUAUGUUGAAAAAAAAAAUCUAUGUUGAGAGAAGUCGACAUGUGUACGCGGCUGGCAGCCCCAUUGUGCAUCAUUGAUUGCGUUUGGUGGUUGGUGUGAGAUAAUAUAUGGACAGAUUCAGGGCUUUAAAUUAACACCAGCGUACCGGCCAAAUGCUGGUGAAAUUUGAGUUUCGCUGGCAAA